GACCGGCAUACCCAAACACCACAAGAUGCAUACCAUUCCUUGACUGGAAAAGCACAUAUAGAGAAACCUACCAAUUGGUAUCGAAUGCCUAAUCCCUUACGACAUCAUCAAAGUUUCAUGUUCUCUGAUGUGUUGAGGAUUGCGAUGCUAAUGCUGUUUAUACUUCGAAGAUUUUUAAAGCCUAAUCAUGUCAAGACAGAGAUUAAGAAUAAUUGGAGAGCGAGACAAAUAUCUAGU